CCCGAGCCAUGGCCUUGAGCGAGCUGGCACCGCUGCGCUGGCUGCGGGAGAGCCGCCACUCGCGAAAGCUCAUCCUGUUCAUCGUGUUCCUCGCGCUGCUGCUGGACAACAUGCUGCUGACCGUCGUGGUCCCCAUCAUCCCUAGUUACUUAUACAGCAUUAAGCAUGAGAAAAAUGCAACUGAAAUCCAGACUGCCAGGCCUGCGCUCACAGCCUCCACCUCAGGAAGCUUCCAGAGCAUCUUCUCCUAUUAUGACAACUCUACCAUGGUCACUGGGAAUGCUACUGGAAACCUUCAUGGGGAACAGCUGCAUAGAGCUGCUACCACACAGCACAUGGUGACCAACAAGUCCUCUGCCCCCUCUGACUGUCCCAGUGAAGACAAAGACCUUCUCAAUGAAAAUGUGCAAGUCGGUCUGCUGUUUGCCUCCAAAGCCACCGUCCAGCUCCUCACUAACCCUUUCGUAGGGCUGCUGACCAACAGAAUCGGCUAUCCCAUUCCUAUGUUUGUGGGAUUCUGCAUCAUGUUUAUCUCAACAAUUAUGUUUGCCUUCUCCAGCAGCUAUGCCUUCCUGCUCAUCGCCAGGUCCCUGCAGGGCAUUGGCUCCUCCUGCUCAUCUGUAGCUGGGAUGGGCAUGCUUGCCAGUGUGUACACAGAUGAUGAGGAGAGAGGCAACGCUAUGGGGAUCGCCUUAGGAGGCCUGGCCAUGGGGGUCUUAGUGGGCCCGCCCUUCGGGAGUGUGCUGUAUGAGUUCGUGGGGAAGACGGCUCCGUUCCUGGUGCUGGCUGCCUUGGUGCUCCUGGAUGGAGCUAUUCAGCUCUUUGUGCUCCAGCCAUCCCGGGUGCAGCCAGAGAGUCAGAAGGGGACACCUCUGACCACUCUGUUGAAAGACCCAUACAUCCUCAUUGCCGCAGGCUCCAUCUGCUUCGCCAACAUGGGGAUCGCCAUGCUGGAGCCAGCCCUGCCCAUCUGGAUGAUGGAGACCAUGUGUUCCCGAAAGUGGCAGCUGGGCGUUGCUUUCUUGCCAGCGAGUAUUUCUUAUCUCAUUGGAACCAAUAUUUUUGGGAUACUUGCACACAAAAUGGGGAGGUGGCUUUGUUCACUUCUAGGAAUGAUAAUUGUUGGAAUCAGCAUUUUAUGUAUUCCUUUUGCAAAAAACAUUUAUGGUCUCAUAGCUCCCAACUUUGGAGUUGGUUUUGCAAUUGGGAUGGUGGAUUCAUCAAUGAUGCCUAUCAUGGCCUACCUCGUGGACCUGCGGCACGUGUCCGUCUAUGGGAGUGUGUAUGCCAUUGCAGACGUGGCAUUUUGUAUGGGAUAUGCUAUAGGUCCUUCUGCUGGUGGUGCUAUUGCAAAGGCAAUUGGCUUUCCAUGGCUCAUGACAAUUAUUGGGAUCAUUGAUAUUCUUUUUGCUCCUCUCUGCUUUUUCCUUCGAAGUCCACCUGCCAAGGAAGAAAAAAUGGCUAUUCUCAUGGAUCACAACUGCCCCAUUAAAACAAAAAUGUACACUCAGAAUAAUAUUCAGUCAUAUCCGAUAGGUGAUGAUGAAGAAUCAGAAAGUGACUGAGACCCUCAAAAAUCAUCGGUGUUUAAUUGUAUACAAGUGUUUCCAGUGAAAUGACUCAUCCGGAGCUGUCUUAGUCAUACCAUCCAUCCCUGGCGAAAGAGUAAAACAACCAAAGGUUAUUAUUUCUUUUCUGUGGUUAUGAUUGACUGCCAACAGCCUUAUAAAGAAAAAGAAGCUUUUCUAGGGGUUUGUAUAAAUAGUGUUGAAAACUUUAUUUUAUGUAUUUGAUUUUAUUAAAUAUUAUACAAUAUAUUUUGACGAAAUAGGUAUAUUGUAAAUCUAUAAAUAUUUGAAUCCAAAUCAAAUAUAAUUUUUUAACUUACAUUCAUGAACACUUGGACAAAAAUAUCUUAUAUUUUUUCUGAAUAUUGGUAAUGAGUGUUUAAAGCACACAUUGACUCUUCCAACAAUGAGAAAUUAGAAGGAAGUCUGAAAACAAUCACAAAAGACGGCAUGUUAUGUAGCGACACUGCAAGUAUUAUUUAACUUGUAAUUACUAUCAGUAUAUUUGUGAGUUAAAAGCUAGUUUUCUCAAGUGCAGAGGACAGGAACUCAAGUCAGUAUCUUUUGGAUUUAUCUGUUAAUCUUUUGCCGGCAUUAGUUUUCUACGUAAUCACCUACUUGGAAAGGGAUGGUUGUAAAUUAUGUUUACAUGUCCUGUGGUUGGCAGCAAACAUUAAAGCCAACAUGGGAAAAUAGUAAAUGUUCUGAAAGCGGAGAAAAGCACCAAAAUGGUCGUUAUGAAGCAAAGCUUUCCUUAUAAGAUGUGUAGUUGAUUCUUAUUGGGUGAGAAUGGGGAGUACAGGCACCUUACACUGUUAAGGUUGUGUAAGCAAGGUAAGGUUUGUCAACAUCUAGUUCAAAAUUUUUGGAAAAAAUAAAACAAGGCUAAUUGCUGCUAUAAAUUGAAAACUCAGACUGUAAUAUCUUCAGCCUGUCUGUAGGUCAUCCAAGUGUUUUUUUUUUUUUUAGGGAUUAAUUUUUGGUUGUCCAAAACUAUUAUUUUUUGACUCCCAAAAAUUGUUCACAUAAUGUGGAAACAAAUUUUAAACAAAAAUGGAAUGAAAUUGUUUAUGUAUUUAAUCCCACAUUAGAAAAUCAGAUAAAAUUCAUAGGGUGGUCAGGACACAUCUCCUUUCCCAGGCAGAAAAGAAAAACCAAACAUAAAAAUGUGUGUGUUACCAUAUCAUCUGUGUGCUGGGUAAUAAACAUUUUCUAAGCAUGAUAACAUUGAUAUGUCUUUUUAGUGUACCAGCAAAUACUGUUAGUGAAUAUUGUCGUUUACAUUGUUUCAUAUGAGGUGUGACUGGAAUGUGAAGAUAGUGUGGAAUAUAUCCCAAAUAAUACUAAUUCUACAAUUCUGUAACCAUAAAUUACUUCAUGUCAGUUUGGUUCAAUAAACUGUGUUUGUGUUAACUUGGACAUCAAGGAGCAAAGAUCUUUAGAACAAAGACUUCUCAACCUAUUGACUACUACAUAUUCUCUAGGAAAGUGGCUAGUUCUUCUUUUGCUUUCUGAAGCUCUUCCGUGGGGAUUAGAUGAUUUGAUGAUUGGUUUCCAAGGGCAGUGUUCGAGGAAAACAAUCUUUGUACUCAGUAGUGUGGACUAUUACACAAGUCAGCUACUUUGGAAGAUAGCUCUGGAGGAAUUCUUAGAUGGCCAAAACAAAAAGGCAGGAUUGUUUUUACUUGUACAAAAUAGCCUUUAAAAAAACAUACUAGGAGCUGGGGAUGUGGUUCAGCGGUAGCGAGCCUGCCUGACACUUGAGGCCCUGGGUUCAAUCCCCAGCAUUGCAAAACCAAAACAAACAAAAAAGAACCAGUGUGCUGCAAAUUGCUUCUUAGAGGGGCUUGUGGUUCUCCCUGCCCGAAUACUCUAGAAUUUAUUCCUAUUUUAUUUUUGCCUCUAAGGAUUCAGCUUCUGUUAAGAAUAACUGGCAAAGGCAUGCUUGCUAUUGAUCCCUAUGAAAAAGAUAAAACAGAUGGAUUUUUGAGAACUGUUUGGGGAGCAAAAGAAAUAUAUGUAUUUAAGGAGAAAAAUGAUAAGGUAUUUUAUAUGACUAAUAUUCUGGAUUAACAAGACUGAAAACGGGUGAUGUUGUAUCAUGUAUAUCAGAACAAAGAACAUAGAGCUCUCUGAACAUUUAUUUUUUUGAAGAAAUGGCUUUUAUGUUUGUACUUGCUAAUACAGACACAAAAACGUUAAUGAGGUAGUAAUGAAUAUUCAUCUUUCUUUUGACUGCUAUUGUGUAUCUGUCCUAAUCAUGUUUUAGCUAGCCUAUUUAAUAAACCUGAUCACACUA